CUGCACAUGUGAGAUGUUUCAGGACCCAGUGGCCUUUGAGGAUGUGGCUGUGAACUUCACCCAGGAGGAGUGGGCUUUGCUGGAUAUUUCCCAGAGGAAUCUCUACAGGGAAGUGAUGCUGGAAACUUUCAAGAACCUGGCCUCUAUAGGAAAAAGUUGGAAAGACCAGAACAUUGAAUAUGAGUACCAAAACCCCAGGAGAAACUUCAGGAGUCUCAUAGGAGACAAAGUCAAUGAAAUUAAAGACAACAGUCAUUGUGGAGAAACUUUUACCCAGCUUCCAGAAGACAGGCUGAACUUCCAGGAGAAGAAAGCUUCUCCUGAAGUAAAAUCAUGUGACAGCUUUGUGUGUGGAGAAGUUGUCAUAGGUAACUCAUCUUUUAAUAUGAACAUCAGAGGUGACAUU